AUGUGUUUCCGGCAAGCAAUCUGUAUUUCUCGCCGUGCAUAUCUCUACGGCAAAGUACUUGGAGUAGCUGCUGCAGGUGGAAAUUCCAUGGAUUGGGCUGUUACCAGCAAAAACAGUAACCAGUUCGCUAAAGUGGAUAUGGAUCCCAAGUCCGUAACAAUAAUGAAUGCAGCAAUCAUCUCCCAUAUUGAUCCAACAGAUAUGGGCUUGGGUUCUAUCGAGAAGGGAAAUAGUGUGCUUACUUCUAAACCCAGGAAAAAAACAAUGACUUCGGUAUAUCUCAAGUAUUUUGAAACAGCAGUAGAUGGGAAAAGUCGAAGGUGCAAGUUUUGUGGACAAAGCUAUUCUAUUGCCACUGCAACUGGUAAUUUGGGGAGACAUCUCAGCAGCAGGCAUCCAGGAUAUGAUAAAAUGGCUGAUUCUUCUAACAAUUCUGCUCCAGAGCCAGCGACAGUUACUAAGAAACCUCAAACUCAGGUUAAGUUGCCCUUGGUGGAACUCGACCACUUGAACUGGUUGCUUAUCAAGUGGCUUCUUGUAGCAUCUCUUCCCCCUUCCACUUUGGCCGAACAAUUCCUAAUGAACUCAUUUAAGUUUCUAAACCCAUUGGCUGAGGUUUGGAGUGGAGAAAAGUUCCAGACAGUGAUGUGCGAGGUCUUCAGAAGCAUGCAAGAAAUGGUGAAGCUGACCGUGCAGCAAAUUACUUCUAAGGUUUCUAUCACUCUUGAUUUUUGGACUUCCUAUGAACAAAUCCUUUACAUGAGUGUUACAUGUCAGUGGAUCGAUGAAUACUGGUCCUUUCAGAAAAUUCUUCUUGACAUUUGUCACAUUCCAAGCCCAUGUGGGAGUUCUGAAAUUUAUUAUGCUCUCUUGAAAGUCCUCAGGCUCUACAAUCUUGAGACAAAAAUCCUUGCUAUUACUCACGAUAAUAGUCCAAAUGCCACACAUGCUUGUCAUACUCUCAGAGGUGAUAUGGAUAGUCAGAAACUGACGGCCUUUUGCUCUAUUCCCUGUGCCGCUCAUACUUUGAAUUCAAUAAUAAAUGAAGGGUUAAGAAAUACAAAAUCGGUGAUUCUCAAGAUCAGGGAGUUUGUGCUAGAGCUGAACUCAUCACCAGAAAUCUUAGAGGAUUUUUUGCAAUUCACUACAGCAUAUCAAGAAGGAAACUGGAAGUUCCCACUUGAUGCUUCAGCCCGGUGGAGUGGCAGCUACCAGAUGCUUGACAUUGGAUGCAAGGCCAGUAAAUCCAUUGAUAGUGUGAUCAGGAAGCACGAGGAGCAACUUGGGAGCCGGCUACUCCUUAAUUCCACUGAGAAGAAUUUCAUCAACAUCGUGCACAACUAUCUCGAGCCCUUCUACAAGACCAUCAGCAACAUAUGCACAAACAAGGUCCUCACUGUCGGCAUGCUCCUCUUCUUCAUGGACCACAUUUCAGACACGAUCUCGGCCUGCAAGGACUCUCGGCAGACCCCCGAAUGGCUCAAAGCCGCGGCCGAGGACAUGCACGUCAAAGCCCUAAGCUACAGCGACCAGGUUUGCAACCCGUUUGCAUACAUGGCCUCGAUUCUCGACCCACGCAUAAAAGUUGAACUCAUCCCUGAGUACCUCAACCUAACUAGCUUCCUGGACGAAGCCCGAAAUCAUUUCAUCACAAACUACUCUGUCUCCUAUUUCCCUUCGGCCGGUAAUUCGUACGAGCCGAAUGACGAGGGGAGCAGCGCCUCUUUUGCCGAGGAGAUUGCUCGGAAAAAGCGGAGGGCCGGGAUGAGUUCCGCAACAGACGAGCUCACGCAAUACCUUUCCGAGCCUCCCGUCCCAAUGCCGACGGACGUCGUGGAGUGGUGGAAAGUGAACAGUUCAAGGUACCCUCGGCUGUCGUUGAUGGCUCGGGAUUUUUUGGCCGUGCAGUCGACUGCGGUGCAUCCAGAGGAUGUGUUCUCGGCCAAGGGUGAUGAAAAUGUGAGGCAGAGGUUCUUGGUGACGAGGCAUGAUGCGCGGGCUUUGCUGUGCGUGAGAUCGUGGGUGCAGAAUGGGAUGAAGCUCAGGUACGGGUCUGCGGACAUUGAUGUGGAGAGAAUAGUGGAAAUGGGAUCACAGAGAGUUUCUGACAGUAAGCGAAAGUCGUGA